GUUGCUGGAAAAGAUAUUGUUUUUCUUGUGGAUUCUGGUGCGACUGAUUCUGUCAUCAGAGAGUCAGAAUUUGCAGUCCUUCCAAAGAUGAGUGGCAGAUUUGUGAGGACAGUGGGAGUUUCAGGAACGCCCCUGGUGGAAAGGUAUACCACACCAUUGCCAUGCAGUGAAGAAAUUGAGAAACACUUUAAACAUUCAUUCUUGUUAUCUAAACGAUGCCCGAUCAACAUUAUCGGAAGAGAUAUGAUGAUAAGAUUAGGAAUUAUUCUGAUUUCCACUCCCGAAGGCAUCAUUGUAGCCAGAAUUUCUGACACUGCAUCGCAAUAUGUGAAACACAGUAGCAGGGAGCUGAUGUACUCUUAUCAAUGGAAACUGCCUCACACAGCUGCUGGCUCUGUAAAUAACACUCUGAUUGCUGAGGUCAGAGCUCUCUUUCCAGACAACUAUACACGAAUAGACAUCAAGUUGCCACAAGAGUUACACUGCACAUCACAUGUACAUCUUGGGGUUGAUAAACAUUUUGAGGACACAUGGUUCAGGCAAGACAAAGAGAGAAACACACUAAAGCUGACCUGGUUGUACUGGAAUGAUAAAAGAUGCACUGUCUCAGUAGCUUUCAAUGAUCCACUGUGUGAAGCUUUGUUUCAGGUCCCUAACACAUAUCCUCAUGUCCCCCUGGUCAAAGCAAAGCAGGAUACAUGGGAAUGCUUGGGCCCUUGGACCAGGCGUUGUGAGGAAGCUGCUGGCUGGGUAAAGACAUCAGACUCAGGGGUGGAUUUUCACAACCAACUUCAGGUGAAGGAAGCCAUUCCAAAGGCUGCAGAGAGGAAACUGCAUGACUUGGAGCCUGGUGAUUGGAUCGUGGUGAAGGAUUUCAGACGGAAGAACUGGCGGGCUCGCAGGUGGAAUGGUCCCUACCAGAUCUUGCUCACCACCGAAACAGCUGUAAAGGUGGCAGAGAGAGCUACGUGGAUCCACGCCACCCACUGCAAACGAGUACCCGAGCCGGGGCCAGCAGCCAAACACCAGACAAGGGAGAUCGAGAUCAGUGAGUGAACCGAACCUUCCUCCCCUUGUGCAUUCAGGGGGUAUUGGAGGGGAGUGGCGGUCCCGUGGGGGAGUUUCUCUGAGCACAGAGAUUCCACUGGGACCACCUAGAACCACUACCCUCCCGAACCAACAUCGAGGGCACACUGAUUAGGGGGUAGGCGGAGGUGACACAACUGAUAAGAUGACACUUGAGACCAGAGAAAGAUGGCGAAGGAGGGGUGACGGACUGAGAGGCCACGGAGAUGGGGUGCUGCUCGCUGUCAUCAUUGUCCUGUCAUCAGUCUCACUAAUGGAAACAUUCAAAUCACAACUAACCCUAGAAGAAGGAGGGGUCAAAAGGGAGGUGCCACCCAUCUUCCCCAACAUCCCAGCUCAGCUGGAAGACAACGCAUGGUAUACAACUAUACUGACUAUUGCCAGAAAAGUGACUCACCAGAGCUGCUACGCCUGUGUGCAGCUCCCCCAUGGGGUGGGGGAUUCCAUCCCAGUGAAACCCACACCAUUAAAUGUCUCUGAGACCCUAGGAGUCAUGGUGGCAUUCACCCGGGGGCUUACUCUGCAGAACAGAACAGUGAGAGACAUGGGAGCUGCACUCAAGCUAUGUAACAUCAGCAUCACCAACUACGACGGCUCCACAGCCAGGUUUUGGAACAUGAGCCAAAUAACCCAGCAAGGAAUUCAUCGGCCCAUCAUGACUACCAAUCCGUCGUCCCAGGCCGGUACGGUUGGAUUCACCAGACAGUGCUACACGUCUAGAGACCACUUCCUGGGGACUUCGGCAUGCAAACAGAUUGUCACUACAACGUGCGGCACCGGGUGGAACAAGGGAGGCCGAAGCGGAUGCAGGGGACCUCAGCCAUACGUCGCUCAGCUGAAUCUGACUGACACCACCAGCUUACACCGCCCAGGAAGCGACAAUCCCAUCGUCCUGAUGCGUACGGAGGAUGGAUUUGGAUCCCUAAGACAGCACGUAUGUGGACAUGUUUAUCAAUCCCUCAGACCGGGGCGGUGUGGCACCUGCUACCUUGCUAUGUUGAUAACAUCUGUGAACCUUCUACCCACAACCUUCUCAUUUUCACACCCACUAUGCCCACUAUUACUUACCACACAGAGCAUGGCGAUCCACUACGAGAGUGUCACAAGGGGAGAAAGGAAUCAGUGGCAUCCUCCCCUGGUGGGGGACUGUGAAAAAUGCACACAAGAUAGACCACCUGACCAUAGAUCUUGAGAACUUGACGGCACUUGUAGAGGUAGGGUUUUCCACUCUCACUCCUACCAUGCAGGGGAUCAAAAACGUGGCCCUGCAGAACAGAAUGGCUUUGGACUUGAUGCUGGCUAGUCAAGGAGGAGUUUGUCAUAUUAUUGGGACUGAUUGCUGCACCUAUGUUCCAGACAUGACAGACAAUAUGACUCAUGUUGUUUCCCAUCUGAACGACCUACUGCAUGAGGAGAUAAGCCUAGACUCCCAGAGUGUGGGAGGAUGGGAUAUGUGGUCAUGGCUGACUAUGGGAGGAUGGAUGUGUGAAUGUGUUGAUGAAAAUGUUGGCACCCCUGCUCCUAGUUAUUGUGCUUUUCCUCCUUUUGACCUGCUGUGUAUUUCCCUGCUUCAUCUCAAUGAUUGCUACAGCAAUUAAAUCAUCUAUGGGUCAGAUUCUGAAUAUGCCAAUAGACACAUCCAGCUCUUUUGAAUGGAUUCCACCGUUUGACAUUGAGAUGAUUUGAGGAGAAUAAAAUUGUAUGUAUCCACACUGGGUUUUGAAGUAUGAUGUAAACUUAGACUAAAAUGCUCAUGUAUGCUCAUAUAUUACUGCUAGAGCUAUUUAACUAAUGAUUACAGUUAUAAUAAUAGUUCUGUUGUUUUGCUGAUUCACACAUGCAUAUUGGUUAUAACUUAGUUUUUUGGUUUAGUCUCAUUAAAUUUUUUAGUUCAUUCCUAUUUGUGUCCAGUUAUAAUGGUAAUGAUUGCUAAUGACAGGCUAUUGAAUUGAAGUUUGCUGGAUAAGCUAAUGAUAAGUAUAUGUGGGUUUUUUCUUCCUCUGAUGCUUGAGCUUUUCCACACUUGUUUGUUUCCACACUUGUUGGUUGUUUGAUUUUUCCGUUCCUACUUGAAGUUUGUUCUUAAUUAUUUUGAUUAGCAUUUAUUUUUAAGAUGAUUUUAUGCUAAAAAGGGAGGAAUUGUAAUGGCAAGAACAAACAGA